AUGGUCCGCCACAAGAAAGACAACUUCUCCCGCGGAGGAAAGAAAUUCUCCAACCCCCGCCCACGCCCAGUACCCCGCGAUCGCGAAGGAAACGAUUCGUCUUCGAGACCUCCAUUCAAAGCUGCCUGCUGGGAUCUCGGCCAUUGCGAUCCGAAGAGAUGCUCGGGAAAGAGGCUGAUGCACUUUGGCUUGAUGCGAGAGCUAGCGAUAGGACAGAAGUUCCAGGGUGUGGUUGUAUCUCCCAAUGCGAAAAAAGUCGUUUCCCCCGCCGAUAGAGAACUUCUAGAGCAAUACGGUGCUGCUGUGGUAGAGUGUUCGUGGGUGAGGGUCCAAGAAGUACCCUGGGCACGAAUCGGCGGGAAAUGCGAACGACUCUUGCCCUACCUCAUAGCAGCCAACACAGUUAACUACGGAAAGCCAUGGCGAUUAAACUGCGUCGAAGCCCUUGCCGCUUGCUUCUAUAUCUGCGGACACGAAGACUGGGCUCAAGAGGUACUGAAACACUUUCGAUACGGCGAGGCCUUUCUCGAAAUCAACUCCCAACUCUUGAAACGGUAUGCGGCGUGCGAGACGGAGGAGGACGUUAAACGGACAGAGGAGGAAUGGCUGGCAAAGAUAGAGAGAGAAUAUGAAGAGAGCAGGGAAGGAGGUGCAGACGACAUGUGGACAAUCGGGAAUACGAAUCGAAAAACACUGCCAGAUUCGGACGACGACAAUGACGAGGAUAGCGAUAAUGAGGGAGGAGAGGGAGACGGCGAAGAAGAGGAAGAAGAAAAAGACCCAUAUGCCAUAUCUGACGACUCUGAAGACGAAGCCCAAAUGGCCGCCAUUCGCGCGAAAAUCCUCAACUCAAAAUCCUUCCAGAAUCCAUCCGUCUCCGAUAAAGCGCAGCCAGAAAAGAUCGAACGUUCAGAUGCUCGGCCAUUGGGAGACUCAGAUGCCGAGUCUGGCUCGAGUGAUAGUGAGGAUGAUGCCUUUGACAACAUCAUAAAUGCUACGCCUGUCACCGACCGAACAGGUAUAAUAGCUGCAGGGAGGAACCAGGCGAAAGACACGUUUAGUGCCUCAUUUUCGAGGACCGUGGUCAAUGCGCCGAAGAGGGGAUAG